AUGCUUCGAGAUCGCCAUAACGUAAAGGAUCGGUUCUCGAAGAUGGCUGACAAAUACCAGAAAAUUGAAAUGCUCGAAAUACAGAUGAGAGAUAUCUGUGAAAGAAAAGGUGAAAGUGUGCCAAGGAAUUUGUUGAAGACGAUGUGUACGUGUGCUGGAAUUGGCGGUGUCCGGCUGCUUGCUGCUCGCAAAAUGGAUUCAUGGCUACUGAACGGCAAAGUAUGCCAGUUUUGUUGA